CUGUACAACGCGGUCAGUCGUGUUGUACUGCGUCGAACAAUCGGAGUCAUGCUGACAGCAGAGAAAAUCAGAUGUGCAUGAGACACCCGUGUUCAAUUCACAAUGAACAUUCGUGGGGCGGCUGGUGGGGGUGGCAGCGGCGAUGGUUCCGGUUCACCUUCCGAUGUCGGAUACUCAGCCGCCCUAGUAGACGUUGGCCGGAAAAUGUUAGCAAUGGAUGCGCUACAGCUAAGGCCGAUCAGGACCACAGGGCCGUCACCAGUCGCGCACAAUGGCCGCUAUUGGACACCGGACAAACGCAGAGACAACGCGGAAACGGUCAGAUACAUCCGGUGUCUGGUGCAGACCUGUGAGGCCAUCAAGCCGUGGAUCGCAGCUGCUAAUCAAACAUCGCCACUGCCCCAAACCCGGACCAAAGUGACGAUGGACCAAUUGCCGAGGAUAAUGCAAAAGGUACUUGGGAACAAGAUCCGGAGCAACAGGGAUCACAAGUUUGUCAACUACUGGACGCCCAGCGAUUUUGUUAAAAACUGUUUGUUUUGGCACAACUUCUACAGACACUUUCAUAGGUCAACCGAAUUGGUCUUGAGUCCACACUUAUGCGAAGAAGCACAGAACUGGGCCAAUCAUUUAGCGCAUACGGAAACGUUUGCUUAUCAGAACAAAAUAAAUUACGGACAGAAUCUGUUCUGCCGAAAACCGACGACAACAGAAAUUGAAGGAAAGGACGUGGUCCGUGAAUGGUAUUCGUCUUCAAGAGCUUACAAGCCAAGAAAGAAUCCGAAAAUGUACUCAGCCAACAUAAAUUCGGGUCCUUUCACGCAACUUGUAUGGUCGAACACGAAAGAGUUGGGCAUCGGAAAAGUGUGCAGCAGGUCUGGUCGGAUAAUCGUAGUAGCCAAUUACUACCCGAAAGGAAACGUGAACGGACAGUACGCCAACAAUGUGCACAUGAACCAAUAUUUUUUGCCCGCCAACAAGAAAAAAUUAGAAUUCAUAACCAGACAUGGAGAAUGAAAAUGCCGCAGCGACCCUAACAGACUAUACGCUCAAAUACUAUUUAAACGUCACAAGAGAAAAUAAAUAUAUAUAAACUCGGUUCGAAUAUUUCCAUAGGUAAUGUAAUUAUUAUAAAUUCGUGAGUUUUCACAGUAAAUUAUCGCCAUCAUUUUUUGUGACUAUAUUUUAUGUUUAUGUACAUCCCAUCAAUCGGAGGACCCGACAUGGUAUUACUUCAUAAUCGAUUUCAUACAAUUAUAUAUUAUUAUAACUAUAUUAUACAUACGACUGAUCGAUACGUAUUGCGUUUUAUAUAAUUUAUAUUAUAUGCAAUACAUAUUAAAAACGACUGUUGUAUUCUUAAGUCUUAAAAAUUAUUGUAUUAUUGUAUCGAACAUAGAUCUUUGUAACUUUUUUUUGAAAAAUCAGUUACAAGCACGUUAAAAAUACGUUUUGUUUUUGGUUGGUCUAAACUCUGACAUCAUUUUUUCGUGCUGAAUGUAUCAAUGUAAAUGUUGUAUUUAUGUGCCUGUAUAAAUCUCAAUGAAUACCAUACACUUUUGAAACGAGAAUUUCUGAUCACCCUUACAUGUUGCACAUCAGCCAUUAUAUUUAAAU